UCUACGCCGAGCUGCAUGCAAUUCUAGGGGGGGCUGCCACCACUACCCCACCUGUGAUCGUGGAUUCUGGGUCGGGGAUAGUCUCAUCAGCGACGCCUGAGGAUUCUGCCGAUGGGGGAGAGGAGGAGGAGGAGGAUGAGGAUGAGCUUGCAGAGAGCACACAGCACUCCGUUCUCCCCAACAGCCAGGAUCUUUUUCUCACCCUGACUGAAGUACCCUCCCAAGCCUCCCAAGCCAGUACCCAAGACUCUGACCCCAUGGAAGGGACCUCAGCAGCUGCAAAUUCCUCAAGCCUCCCUCCUCCAUCCCGAAGGUUAUCACAGAUAAGGCGUCGUAAGAAGAGAACGCGAGACGAGAUGUUUUCUGAAAUUAUGGAAUCUAGCCGCAGUGACAGAGCUCAUCUGAAUGAGUGGAAGGAAACAGUUUCAAAGUAUAGGAAAGAAGCCAGUGAACGUGAGGACAGGAGGGACCAACGUGAGGACAGGAGGGACCAACGUGAGGACAGGAGGGACGCUCGAGAUGAGAGGUGGCGGCAGGAAGACCAGAGGAGCAAGGAUGCAACGCUGGGGCUGCUGCGUGAGCAAACAGACAUGCUCCGGCGUCUGGUGGAGCUUCAGGAACGGCUGCUGGAAAACAGACUGCCGCUUCAGCCCCUGUUCCACCCUCCCCCCUCCCCAUGUUCCGUAUCCUCCUCACCCAGACGUGUAAGAACACGGGGGGGGAGGCUCCGUACACCUUCCCAUUCCACCCCAGUAGACAGCCCAAGCAAAAGGCUGUCAUUUUUUUAACCUUUUCUUUGUGGCUUUUUCCUUCCCAGCAAUCCUCCUCCCAAAUACCACCCGGGUUCCCUCCC